AUGCUGGUAACAGUAAUUGUGGUGUUUAAUUGUGAUGUGGGUAAUUCUGGUGAUAUAUGUCAUUCUUGUGCUGUAUGUGAUUGUGGUGAUGCAGGUCAUUGUGGUGAUGCAGGUCAUUGUGGUGAUACAGGUCAUUAUGGAGAUGCAGUUCAUUGUGGUGAUGCAGGUCAUUGUGGUGAUGCAUGUCAUUGUGGUGAUGCAUGUCAUUAUGGUGAUGCAGGUCAUUGUGGUGAUGCAGGUCAUUAUGGUGAUGCAGGUCAUUGUGGUAAUGCAGGUCAUUAUGGUGAUGCAGGUCAUUGUGGUCAUUGUGGUGAUGCAGAUGAUUGUAGUGAUGUAGGUCAUUAUGGUGAUGCAGGUCAUUGUGGUGAUGUAGGUCAUUAUGGUGAUGCAUUUUAUUUUGGUGCUGCAUGUGAUUGUGGUGAUGUUGGUCAUUGUGGUGAUGUAGGCCAUUAUGGUGAUGCAGGUCAUUAUGGUGAUGCAGGUGAUUGUAGUGAUGCAGGUGAUUGUAGUGAUGAAUGUCAUUGUGGUGGUGCAGGUCAUUGUAGUGAUGCAGGUGAUUGUAGUGAUGCAUGUGAUUGUGGUGAUGUAUGUGUUGCAGGUCAUUGUGGUGCUGCAGGUCAUUGUAGUGAUGUAGGUCAUUGUGGUGAUGUAGGUCAUUGUGGUGAUGCAGGUCAUUGUGGUGAUGCAGAUGAUUGUAGUGAUGUAGGUCAUUAUGGUGAUGCAGGUCAUUGUGGUGAUGUAGGUCAUUAUGGAAAUGCAGGUCAUUGUGGUGCUGCAGGUCAUUGUGGUGCUGCAGGUCAUUGUAGUGAUGUAGGUCAUUGUGGUGAUGUAGGUCAUUGUGGUGAUGCAGGUCAUUGUAGUGAUGUAGGUCAUUGUGUUGAUGUAGGUCAUUGUGUUGAUGCAGGUCAUUGUGGUGAUGCAGGUCAUUGUUGUGAUGCAGGUCAUUGUGGUGAUGCAGGUCAUUGUGGUGAUGCAGGUCAUUGUAGUGAUGUAGGUCAUUGUGGUGAUGUAGGUCAUUGUGGUGAUGCAGGUCAUUGUAGUGAUGUAGGUCAUUGUGUUGAUGUAGGUCAUUGUGUUGAUGCAGGUCAUUGUUGUGAUGCAGGUCAUUGUUGUGAUGCAGGUCAUUGUGGUGAUGUAGGUCAUUGUGGUGAUGCAGGUCAUUGUAGUGAUGUAGGUCAUUGUGGUGAUGUAGGUCAUUGUGGUGAUGCAGGUCAUUGUAGUGAUGUAGGUCAUUGUGUUGAUGUAGGUCAUUGUGUUGAUGUAGGUCAUUGUGGUGAUGCAGGUCAUUGUUGUGAUGCAGGUCAUUGUAGUGAUGUAGGUCAUUGUGGUGAUGUAGGUCAUUGUAGUGAUGCAGGUCAUUGUAGUGAUGCAGGUGAUUGUAGUGAUGCAUGUGAUUGUGGUGAUGUAUGUGAUGCAGGUCAUUGUGGUGCUGCAGGUCAUUGUGAUGCUGCAGGUCAUUGUAGUGAUGUAGGUCAUUGUGGUGAUGUAGGUCAUUGUGGUGAUGCAGGUCAUUGUGUUGAUGCAGAUGAUUGUAGUGAUGUAGGUCAUUAUGGUGAUGCAGGUCAUUGUGGUGCUGCAGGUCAUUGUGGUGCUGCAGGUCAUUGUAGUGAUGUAGGUCAUUGUGGUGAUGUAGGUCAUUGUGGUGAUGCAGGUCAUUGUGGUGAUGCAGAUGAUUGUAGUGAUGUAACUCAUUAUGGUGAUGCAGGUCAUUGUGGUGAUGCAGGUCAUUGUGGUGCUGCAGGUCAUUGUAGUGAUGUAGGUCAUUGUGGUGAUGUAGGUCAUUGUGGUGAUGCAGGUCAUUGUGGUGAUGCAGAUGAUUGUAGUGAUGUAGGUCAUUAUGGUGAUGCAGGUCAUUAUGGUAAUGCAGGUCAUUGUGGUGAUGCAGGUCAUUGUGGUGAUGCAGGUCAUUGUUGUGAUGUAGGUCAUUAUGGUGAUGUAGGUCAUUAUGGAAAUGCAGGUCAUUGUGGUGAUGCAGGUCAUUGUGGUGAUGCAGGUCAUUGUAGUGAUGUAGGUCAUUAUAGUGAUGUAGGUCAUUAUGGAAAUGCAGGUCAUUGUGGUGCUGCAGGUCAUUGUGGUGAUGUAGGUCAUUGUGGUGAUGCAGGUCAUUGUGGUGAUGCAUGUGAUUGUGGUGAUGCAGGUCAUUGUGGUGAUGCAGGUCAUUGUGGUGAUGUAGGCCAUUAUGGUGAUGCAGGUGAUUGUAGUGAUUCACGCGAUUGGGGUGAUGCAGGUGAUUGUAGUGAUGUAGGUCAUUAUGGUGAUGCAGGUCAUUAUGGUGAUUAUAGUGAUGCAUGUGAUUGUGGUGAUGCAAGUCAUUGUGGUGAUGCAGGUCAUUGUUUUCAUGCAGAUCAUUGUGGUGAUGCAUGUCAUUGUGGGGAUGUAGGCCAUUAUGGUGAUGCAGGUGACUGUAGUGAUGCAUGUCAUUGUGGUGCUGCAUGUCAUUGUGGUGAUGUAGGUCAUUGUGUUGAUGUAGGUUAUUGUGGUGAUGUAGGCCAUUAUGGUGAUGCAGGUGAUUGUAGUGAUGCAUGUGAUUGUGGAGAUGCAGGUGAUUGUAGUGAUGUAGGUCGUUGUGGUGAUGUAUGUGAUUGUAGUGAUGUAGGUCAUUAUGAUAAUGCAUGUCAUUAUGGUAAUGCAGAUCAUUUUGGUGCUGCAGGGCAUUAUGGUGAUGCAGGUCAUUGUGGUGAUGUAGGUCAUUGUGGUGCUGCAGGUCAUUGUGGUGAUGCAGGUCAUUAUGGUGAUGCAGGUCAUUAUGGUGAUGUAUGUGAUUGUGGUGCUGCAGGUCAUUGUAGUGAUGCAGGUCAUUAUGGUAAUGCAGGUCAUUGUGGUGAUGCAGGUCAUUGUGGUGAUGCAGGUGAUUGUGGUGAUGCAGGUCAUUAUGGUCAUUGGGGUGAUGCAGGUCAUUGUGGUGAUGUAGGUCAUUGUGGUGAUGCAUGUCAUUGUGAUGCUGCAGGUCAUUGCGGUGAUGCAUUUUAUUGUGGUGAUGCAUGUAAUUGUGGUGCUGCAUGUCAUUGUGUUGAUGAAGGUCAUUGUGUUGAUGUAUGUUAUUGUGGUGAUGUAGGUCAUUAUGGUGAUGCAGGUGAAUGUAGUGAUACAUGUGAUUGUGGUAAUGUAGGUCAUUGUGGUGAUGUGGGUGAUUGUAGUGAUGUAGGUCAUUAUGGUAAUGCAGGUCAUUGUGGUGAUGCAGUUGAUUGUAGUGAUUCACGCGAUUGGGGUGAUGCAGGUGAUUGUAGUGAUGUAGGUCAUUAUGGUGAUGCAGGUCAUUAUGGUGAUUAUAGUGAUGCAUGUGAUUGUGGUGAUGCAAGUCAUUGUGGUGAUGCAGGUCAUUGUUUUCAUGCAGAUCAUUGUGGUGAUGCAUGUCAUUGUGGGGAUGUAGGCCAUUAUGGUGAUGCAGGUGACUGUAGUGAUGCAUGUCAUUGUGGUGCUGCAUGUCAUUGUGGUGAUGUAGGUCAUUGUGUUGAUGUAGGUUAUUGUGGUGAUGUAGGCCAUUAUGGUGAUGCAGGUGAUUGUAGUGAUGCAUGUGAUUGUGGAGAUGCAGGUGAUUGUAGUGAUGUAGGUCGUUGUGGUGAUGUAUGUGAUUGUAGUGAUGUAGGUCAUUAUGAUAAUGCAUGUCAUUAUGGUAAUGCAGAUCAUUUUGGUGCUGCAGGGCAUUAUGGUGAUGCAGGUCAUUGUGGUGAUGUAGGUCAUUGUGGUGCUGCAGGUCAUUGUGGUGAUGCAGGUCAUUAUGGUGAUGCAGGUCAUUAUGGUGAUGUAUGUGAUUGUGGUGCUGCAGGUCAUUGUAGUGAUGCAGGUCAUUAUGGUAAUGCAGGUCAUUGUGGUGAUGCAGGUCAUUGUGGUGAUGCAGGUGAUUGUGGUGAUGCAGGUCAUUAUGGUCAUUGGGGUGAUGCAGGUCAUUGUGGUGAUGUAGGUCAUUGUGGUGAUGCAUGUCAUUGUGAUGCUGCAGGUCAUUGCGGUGAUGCAUUUUAUUGUGGUGAUGCAUGUAAUUGUGGUGCUGCAUGUCAUUGUGUUGAUGAAGGUCAUUGUGUUGAUGUAUGUUAUUGUGGUGAUGUAGGUCAUUAUGGUGAUGCAGGUGAAUGUAGUGAUACAUGUGAUUGUGGUAAUGUAGGUCAUUGUGGUGAUGUGGGUGAUUGUAGUGAUGUAGGUCAUUAUGGUAAUGCAGGUCAUUGUGGUGAUGCAGUUGAUUGUAGUGAUGUAGGUCAUUAUGGUGAUGCAGGUGGUUGUAGUGAUGCAUGUCAUUGUAGUGAUGCAGGUCAUUGUGAGUAUGUAGGUCAUUAUGGUGAUGCAGGUCAUUGUGGUGCUGUUUGUCAUUAUGGUGAUGCAGGUCAUUGUGGUGCUGUUUGUCAUUACGGUGAUGCAGAUCAUUAUGGUGGUGCAGAUCAUUAUGGCGAUGCAUGUCAUUGUGGUGAUGCAGGUCAUUGUGGCGAUUGGGCUUAUUGUGGUGCUGCAGGUCUUUUUGGUGAUGCAGGUCAUUGUGGCGAUUGGGCUUAUUAUGGUGCUGCAGGUCAUUGUGGUGAUGCAGGUCAUUGUGGUGAUGCAUUUUAUUGUGGUGAUGCAUGUAAUUGUGGUGCUGCAUGUCAUUGUGUUGAUGUAGGUCAUUGUGUUGAUGUAUGUUAUUGUGGUGAUGUAGGUCAUUAUGGUGAUGCAGGUGAAUGUAGUGAUACAUGUGAUUGUGGUAAUGUAGGUCAUUUUGGUGAUGUAGGUGAUUGUAGUGAUGUAGGUCAUUAUGGUAAUGCAGGUCAUUGUGGUGAUGCAGUUGAUUGUAGUGAUGUAGGUCAUUAUGGUGAUGCAGGUGGUUGA